AUGGGCAGCUCGCUGUGGCUGCUGGAGGCUAAGCGGCACGCCACAGAGGACCGAAGCUCCCAGGCCUGCAGCGUCAAAUUCUGGCUGAAGCCCGGGGCGGUGGUGGUGGGGCGGCAGGGGCAAGCGGAGCUGCCAGUCGGGGAGGACAAGUCCAUUUCACGCAAGCAUGCCGACAUAACGGUGCCAACAGCGGAGGAUUGGCAGCGGGAGGAAGGGGGGCAGCCCUACGUGCUGCUGAAAGACCGCAGCAAGUACGGCACCUGGGUGUCGCCCACGAGCACCUUUGCCGACAGCGAGCGGCUGGGCGGCGAGGCGGCGCGCGUGCCACCCAACUGCAUGGUCCGCUUUGGCUACAAGUCGCCCUUCAAGCUGUACCAUCAGGCAAGCCGGGACUGGGUUCUGUACCUGAGCCCAGCGCAGCGCGAGGCGGCUGACGCCGGCGCGCUUGCAGCGCUGGAGGAGGCGGCCGCCGCCACGGGCCUGCCGCUGACGGACCAGCUGCCAGACCACCCUGGCACGCGGGUGCUGGCGCUGGGCGCUGCGCCGCUGCGCGUGGAUGGCCCCACCCUGCUGGCGCUGCUGCGCGGCUAUCCGGUCGUGGGAGCCAGCUGGCAAGCGGCGCAGCCACCCGCCUGCCCCCGGCUGCUGGAGUGGCAGCAGCAGCAGGUGUGGCGCAACAGCCGGCCCGAGGAGGGCGCCUACCCAGUACAGCUGCAGUACGAGAAGCCUGGGGGGCGGGUCACGGCGCUGGCGGGGCCCGCGGCGCUGCUGCGCUGCGCGGGGCAGCGGGCACUGGCGGGGCGCAGCCUGCUGUGGCUGCCCGCCGCGCGCGACGCGGCGCUGCAGGAGGCGGCCCGCCUGCUGGGCGCCGCAAACAGCGAGGCGCCGGCGUCGGGGCGCGGCGCGGCGGCGGCGGCCAAGGCGGCGGGGGCGGUGGUGGUGCGGGGCAGCGAGGCGGAUGCGAUGCCGGCGUCCUACAGGAAGCUGGCCUGGACCACGCCGCAGCUGCUCAUCGCUGGCAUGCUGGAGGGCAGCGUGGACGCAGCGGUGCAGCUGCCGGCGGGGGAGGCGGACACCACGCCUCCCGCGGCAGGCAAGGGCAAGGGCAAGGGACGGGGUGGCAGGGAGGCGGCUGGCACGCGAUCCACCACCGGCAGCAAGGGCAGGGGCAGGGGCAGGAAGGGGGCAGCCCUGGAGGAGGAGGAAGGAGGGGAGGGGCAGGGCAGCGGCUCCGAAACAGAUGCCAGCGAGGAUCUGAGCCACCUGCGGGGCACACAGCGUGUGCUGGCAGCAGAGGAUGCCGCCAAGCCCAAGCCAUCGGCAGCAGCGGCGGCUGCGAGGGCAGCACAUACCCAGAAGCAGCUGCAGCAGCAACAGCAGCAGGAGGAGGAGGAGGCGGCGCAGCCAAUGGUUGCAGCUGCGCCACAGGCCGCCGCUGGCGGCAGGAAGCGGCGGAAGGCGGAGCAGCAGGAGCAGGAGCAGCAGCAGGACAGCGAGGGGGAGGAGGUGCAUGCUACACCUGCCAAGAAGCGGCGCCAGGGCGAGCCGGGGGCGGCGGCAGCAGCAGGGCCCCCGGCAGCGCGCGCCGCACGAGCGCCGCCGCGCCCCAUGCCCGAAGCAGAGGGCUGGCACACAAUGAGCCACGGCAGGCAGCAGCGGCAGCAGCAGCAGCACGAUGCGGCAGUGUCAGAUGGUGGGGAUGCGAGCCCACAAGCGUGCGCGCCUGCAGACCCCACACAGCCGGCUGCCUCAGCCGCCAAGACGGCGGCAGCGGGUGGGGCGGGGCGCGGGCGCCGCGGCCGCACCAACGUGGCAGCAGCAGCAGGGGCUGCGCCUGCAGCGGCAGCAGAGGGAGCGGCUCAGGGCGCGGAUGGCGGCGCGGAUGGCGGGCAGGAGGGGGAUGGGGAUGCGGCCAGCGAGGCUGGCAGGUCCGUGGUGGCCUUCCUGCCGCUGAUUGCGGCGCACCCGCCGCCCGCCGCGCGCGGCACCGGCAGCACCAACGGCGGCGGCGGCGGCGGCGGCCCCAACUACAAGGCGUUCAGGAAGAGCGGCGGCGCCGGCGCGGCGGCGGCGGUCUCGCGCACGCUGGUGGCAUUUGCCGAGGAGCCGUAUGCCGAGGAUGGGCCCGUGGACGCCGGCGCCUUCAUAAAGGCGGAGGCGGAGCGGCGCAGGCGGUUGCAACAGGCGGACGAGCUGUUUGCGGCCAACGUCAAGGCGCGCAAGGCGGCGCCGCUGCCAGGCGCAGACGGCGACACGCCUCCCAAGCCCCAAACUCAGGGUCGGGGCCGGGGCCGGGGCAGCAAGAAGGCAACCGCAGCGGCGGCCGCCGGGCAGCAAUCCAUGCUCAACUUCCUUCCAGCGGCGGGGGCUGGCAGGGGCCGCGGCAGGGGGCGCAAGGGCAAGGCUUGA